AUGCCACCAGUGAUUGAUUUCCAAGUGGCAGUGACCCCCGACGAAUCUGAACCUUCCACAACUCAGGCCAUUAAUGAUGACAGACACCGCUCUAUUGGAGAAUAUUGCAGGACGCGGCUCACAACAUUAAAGCCUCCUAUGACCAAAGCUGAGAGCCCACUCAAGGUGCUGGCGUUGCUUGACCGCAUGCAGUGGCUGCACUUUCUUGUCGCUUUUAUCGCUUGGUGCUGGGACGCCUUUGACUUUUUCACUGUUACUAUGACAAUCUCUGAUUUGGCAGAAACUUUUGGCAAGACUAAAACUGAAAUCACGUGGGGCAUCACGCUCGUUUUAAUGCUACGGUCGGUUGGAGCCAUCACCUUUGGCAUUGCUUCGGAUCGUUGGGGACGAAAGUGGCCAUUUGUAGUCAACAAUCUGCUUUUCAUCGUGCUGGAAUUAGCCACAGGCUUCUGUUCAUCAUACACUCAGUUCCUGGUGGUGCGCGCACUCUUUGGUAUUGCCAUGGGUGGAUUAUACGGAAAUGUCGCUGCAACAGCUCUAGAAGAUUGUCCUCUUGCUGCUCGAGGCAUCUCACGUCUACCGGAGACCAAAGUGUUUCAAGAACGCCAGCGUUUACGUGAAGCGAGUCGUAACACAUCCAAAAUGUUCGUAGCUGAGGGUAAAAUUGCGCUGAAACGCCACUGGUUGCUUCUCUGCUACAUGGUCCUUCUCAUGGCCGGCUUCAAUUUUAUGUCUCACGGCUCGCAAGACAUGUACCCGACGAUGUUAAAAAAUCAAUACGAGUUUAAUGCUGACCAGGUCACUGUUACGCAGAUUGUGGCCAACAUUGGAGCCAUUUGUGGUGGCACACUCGUUGGCUACUACUCUCAGGUCUUUGGUCGUCGUCUCACGAUUCUGGUCAUGACGGUCAUUGGGGCUGCCCUACUUUAUCCGUAUUGUUACACUGGCGACGAGACCGUCAUGAUCGCUGCCUUCUUCAUGCAAUUCUGUGUCCAAGGUGCUUGGGGUGUCAUUCCCAUCCAUUUGAUGGAGCUUUCUCCGCCGUCGUACAGUGCAUUCGUCGUUGGAACGGCAUACCAACUUGGAAAUCUAGUCUCCUCCGCGUCGUCAACUAUUGAGGCUUCUCUUGGUGAACACUUUCCACUACCGGAUAGUGAAGACGGCGAGACUCGAUUCGAGUAUGGUAAAGUGAUUUCCAUCUUUCUUGGUGUUGUGUUCGUAUAUGUGUUCGUAUUGACACUCAUCGGACCGGAGGCUCGCGGCAAGGAGUUUGAUGUUAAGCACGAUCACGAUCUCGACGAGGCAGCCCGGAUUAGCCAUGAUGGUUCUUUAUUAAGCGCCACUGAAACUAAGGUUUUCAAGGCAUAA